AUGUGUGUUCUGAUGAUCACGGGAAGCUUGUACCACCCUCGUCUCCUCAGUGAUGAAGUGGAGAGUGAGGAGGUCCAGAACAGAAUCAAGGAGCACGAGUACCGGUACAAACUGGAGAUAGAAUGGCUCCAGAGAGAAAUGGAGGAAAAAAGUAACCGUGAUGGUAAUAUAAGGAAUACAUUUGCAAAAAAGGAAGAUUCAGUAACAUGGAAUUGGAACACUCAUAUUAUUCUCCUACUGGUCACAAUCCAGUUCUUGGGAUUCUGGAUAGGCGACACUUUGCCACAUAUUCCCCAGGACUAUAAUAGUGAGGAAGAAGAGGAAGAAGAAAAGGAAAAUGAAUUUCCUCGAAGAAUUUACGGCAACAUUUUGAAUAUUCCUGAUCAAAGUGUGCUGGAUCAGUUCUACACCAUUUGCAUUCAGAAUGCGAGCCAAGAGCCAAAUCAGACCUGUGAAUUUGUAGAAAGCUUUGUGGACAAUCUUUUGGAGGCCAGUAGGAAUCUCUGUCAGUGGAACUCCGAGCUGAUCCUUGAAGACUGUGUGGGUAUUGGGAGUCAGUUUGAAAAAUGGGGCUGUAAGACACCAUCUAUAUAUGAUAUUUUGGUUCCAAUUUUUCUCCAGGAUGGAUAUUGUUUUAAACCAGAGAUUUAUUCCUGUGACAUCCCACCUGAAAAACAGAAUUAUGGCAGGAUUCUCAUGGUUACACCGCACAAUGCUGACUUGGGCUGCCAAUGUAAAACCACAGAACUUGAAGGGGAUAUUCUGUGUCUUAUUCACAGCAAGAGAUUUGAACCUGAUGUUCGUGCCAAUUGCCUUGCUUCUAUCAUGUGUUCCGAUUAGUAUUUGGAUUAUAAGAAGGUAGUAAAAUGGUUCAGGGAUUUAUUAGCCAAAUCUUGGAACAAAAUUUGCCAUAAGUACGAUUUUGAACUUACCUUUUGCAAUAUUACAGGUUGCUGUGGGUUAAAAGUCCAUUAUCAGUCUGGACGAACCAUUUGCAUAAAAGUCUUUCCUGCUGUGAGGCUGAAGAAUUCAGAUGUCCAUCUUGUACCCAGUUUUUCCGACUGCUCCAUGAAUAGUACAGCAUCCACUACUUACUGGAACAUUUCCUGUGCAGUCUGUGAGCACAGGUUUCUGCAAAUCAUGGCCAAAAAUACCCCCAAAAGCUCGUGUCACCUCGAAUGCUUUCAAAUACUGAUCUUUCUAACUGAAAAACAGCGCAGUUCUCCAGACCAGCAAUCUGUUCUUGGUUCCUAUGUCUUUAAGACUGUCCUUAUGCAUCUGCUGUUAAGUCAGCCAUUUUCAAACUGGCAUGAAAGUCACCUGGAACAUCGGCUGAGAGUUUUGGGCAGACCAAAGUGA